AUAAUAAUGUGAUAUAUGUUUUACGGUUGAAACUUGAUAUUCGGAAAGUUGGUUAGAAAAACGUAUGGCAUUGAGGGAGGCAUGAGAACAUUCUGUUAACCAUCAUCUCCGAGCAUGGCGUGCCGUAGAAGGCAUGGAAUUACCAGGUCUUCCACGUUCAAAGAAGAGAUCUGUCGUCCUCCUGUUGACACAGCGACCGCCUCCUCCUCCGCUCCCUCGUCGCCAGUGGCCUCCAAGAAGAACCAUCGGGACUCUCCUCUCUCCUCCGGUUAUGUUAAUUCGCCGUUUCAACACAGAUCCAAGGAAACCUUCAACAACACAACAGAAACAAAUCGUGAGGAUUUUUUCACGCAACAUGGUAAUAUGCAAUAUCAAAAACCACAGACAAUUCAACUCACGGCAUCUCGCGAUGGACGAGGUAGCAGUAUGGACAAGAGAACUCAAGAUAUUCAAGAAACCUUUAAGUUGCAGAACAAGAAAACAGAAAUAAAUCGUGAGGAUUUUUUCAAGCAGAACCUAUGGCAAGAUGGUAAAAAGCAAUCCGAAAAACCACAGACAAUCCAUGAGCAUCAACUCAUGGCAUCUCGCGAUGUAAGGCGCCAUAACUGUAAUUGCAUAUUUUAUAUAGAUCAAAAUUUUCUUGUCAACAAAUCAACUCGUGCUACUACGCUUAGGGUCUGUUUGGUGGGGUAAUGGAAUCGACCAUGAAAUAA